GCACGCUGCUGGUGAACGAGCGCAUGCUGGAGACGUAUGUGAUCGCGCGCAACCGCUUCCUCAAGCCCGGCGGCAAGAUGUUCCCCAGCGCUGGCAGGAUCCACAUGGCACCGUUCUCCGACGAGUACCUAUACGUGGAGAUGGCCAAUAAGGCGCUCUUCUGGCAGCAGCGCAGCUACUACGGAGUGGACCUCACGCCGCUGCAUGGCGACGCACUCAACGGCUACUUCGCCAGCACCCGCGCUUCCCAGCACCUGCGCUUCCCUUCGCCCUCGCUUCCCUUCCCCCUUCCUUCCCUUCCCCCUCGCUUCCCUUCCCCCUUCCUUCCCUUCCCCCUCGCUUCCCUCCCCCUUCCUUCCCUUCCCCCUUCCUUCCCUUCCCCCUUCCUUCCCUUCCCCCUUCCUUCCCUUCCCCCUUCCUUCCCUUCCCCCUUCCUUCCCUUCCCCCCCUCUCUUCCCUUCCCCCUCGCUUCCCUGCACCUUCUCCAUCUCUAUGUGCUUCACACACCUGAUUCCCCCUUCACAUCCUCAUCCCUCCCCCCCUCUCUCUCCCACUCCCCCUACGCCUCCCGCUCCAUCUCAACCUCCCUCUCCCCCUACGCCUCCCGCUCCAUCUCAACCUCCCUCUCCCCCUCGCCCGCUCCUCCUUCUCCCCGUCCCUCCCUCUCUCCGUGCACCCCGAACGGCAUGUCGCCCAGCACCGCGCACACCAUCGACUUCACCACCAUUCAGGAGGGAGAGCUGUUCGAGUUGGACAUACCUCUCUCCUUCAAGUCCACCAUGGCGGCCCGCCUGCACGGCCUCGCUUGCUGGUUCGACGUGCUCUUCAGUGGCAGGUGCGUCUGUGCCCACCUCCUCAUGUGCCCACCUCCUCAUGUGCCCACCUCCUCAUGUGCCCACCUCCUCAUGUGCCCACCUCCUCAUGUGCCCACCUCCUCAUGUGCCCACCUCCUCAUGCGCCCACCUCCUCAUGCGCCCACCUCCUCAUGCGCCCACCUCCUCAUGCGCCCACCUCCUCAUGCGCCCACCUCCUCAUGUGCCCACCUCCUCAUGUGCCCACCUCCUCAUGUGCCCACCUCCUCAUGUGCCCACCUCCUCAUGUGCCCACCUCCUCAUGUGCCCACCUCCUCAUGUGCCCACCUCCUCAUGUGCCCACCUCCUCAUGUGCCCACCUCCUCAUGUGCCCACCUCCUCAUGUGCCCACCUCCUCAUGUGCCCACCUCCUCAUGUGCCCACCUCCUCAUGUGCCCACCUCCUCAUGUGCCCACCUCCUCAUGUGCCCACCUCCUCAUGUGCCCACCUCCUCAUGUGCCCACCUCCUCAUGUGCCCACCUCCUCAUGUGCCCACCUCCUCAUGUGCCCACCUCCUCAUGUGCCCACCUCCUCAUGUGCCCACCUCCUCAUGUGCCCACCUCCUCAUGUGCCCACCUCCUCAUGUGCCCACCUCCUCAUGUGCCCACCUCCUCAUGUGCCCACCUCCUCAUGUGCCCACCUCCUCAUGUGCCCACCUCCUCAUGUGCCCACCUCCUCAUGUGCCCACCUCCUCAUGUGCCCACCUCCUCAUGUGCCCACCUCCUCAUGUGCCCACCUCCUCAUGUGCCCACCUCCUCAUGUGCCCACCUCCUCAUGUGCCCACCUCCUCAUGUGCCCACCUCCUCAUGUGCCCACCUCCUCAUGUGCCCACCUCCUCAUGUGCCCACCUCCUCAUGUGCCCACCUCCUCAUGUGCCCAUCUUUCUCCCGCACGCUGCCGCUCUCCCACUCUUUCUCCCUCCAUCCAUAUGUCUGCCCGUGCGCCUGCCUGCCUACCCGUCUGCCUGUCUGCCACUGUCCCGCAGUGUGGUGCAGAGGUGGCUAUCAACAGCACCCGGAGCGCCCACAACGCACUGGUACCAGCUGCGCUGCGUGCUUUGAGUCGACUCAAGACCCACCUCCCUCACUCUGCCCCCACUCUCUCCCCCUACCUCUUCCCACCCCCAUUCCCUUCCCACCAUCCCGCAGUGUGGUGCAGAGGUGGCUAUCAACAGCGCCAGGAGCGCCCACAACGCACUGGUACCAGCUGCGCUGCGUGCUGGCACAGCCGCUCUAUGUCUUUGCCGGCCAGCUCAUCACGGGUCGCCUGCACCUCGUUGCACACAGCGCGCAAAGCUACACCAUCCACCUCACUCUUUCCACCCAUGCGUGGAGUCCGGACGGCACAGUGGGGGGCGUGCUGCAGACAUCAAGUGGCAAGCUAGAUCUCAAGGAGCCCUACUACCGCAUGAGCCAGGCGUCCCUCGGAUGGACGCAGGAGCAGCCGCAGCCCCAGCAGGUGCUGCAACAAAUGGCCAUGCAGCAGAUUCUUGCACAGCAGCAGCAGCAGCAGCAGCAGCAGCAACAGCAGCAGCAGCAGUUGCAGCAGCAACAAGGGUCAGGGGAUCUGGUAAUGGCAGCAGAGGCAGGAGGAGGAGCAGGGCAGCCUGGGCAAGCAUCGUCCGGCGCUGGUCAAACGAGCAGCCAGGUCAUGGUUUGA